AUGAGCAUGGAAGACCACGACCAGCAGCGGCUGUCUGCUCUGGAGACCAGCAUAACGAAUAUCGAAGCCGUUCUCACCCGGCUCAUCACCCAACAACAACAACCGCCCCCUGCCCCUGCCCCUGCUCCAGCUCCGGCAGCGGGUCCAGGUGUUUCUGCUGGCGCUAACUCUGCGCGCCCCCUCAUCCGUCCAAACCCCCCUUUUGUCUUUGAUGGGGAUCGCACCCUGGGCAAGAGCUUCUUGCACUCCGUGAAGCAGUACUGGCGGCUGCUUCCCAAGGCGUUCUUCGAGAACGGGGUAGUCUUGGAGGAAAAGGUAGUCCGUUUCGCCCUGUCCUACAUGUCCAAGGACUCUGCGGCUUCCUGGUCCGAGCGCAUGUCCGAGCGCACCCCGUUCCCCUUCCCCACUUGGACUCUCUUUGUCACCGAGUUCAAGCUCCGAUUCGUCGAGGAGAACAAGCAAGACCAUGCCCUGGCGCGACUGGAGACCCAUCUAUACUAUAUGGGCUCGCGAGAUGUGUUCAAGUACACGGACGAGUACGACGACCUCCUUGACCUUGCCGGUUAUACCGACAACCUGGUCAAGGUGACCAAAUAUAGGACGGGCCUGGAUCCAAAGAUCAACCAGGCCAUCACCACCUCUGGCAACCCUCCCAGCCUCACCGACUACGCCGAAUGGUGUGUCCGUGCUUUCCGGCAGUACAAUGCGGAAAUUGCUGCCAAGACAUCUCGGGGGCAUCCUGCCCCUCCCCCUCGGGCACCUCCUGUUGCCCAACGUCCUCGCGCCCUGGUGCUCCCUGCUGUAGCACCAGCUGUUGCCGCCCGCCUGGCGCCGGCCCCCAUUGCCCACCCUGUUCCCAUGGAGGUCGACCGAGCCCGGCUCCGCAGUGAUGUCCGCCGUACCUGCUUCCGCUGCGGCAGUCCGGGACAUCUUGCCCGUGACUGCCCCACCCUAGCUGACAUCCGUCAUGCCGAUGUCCUUGACGAGGUCAUCAGUCAGCUGGGAAGUGAGUUGCUCUCCGAGUUGGUCGCUCGGGUAGCGACUACUGCAGCCAUCGCAGAACACGCGGCCGAUGUUGCGGCUGAGGUGGAGCAGGGUUUUCUCCCCAGUGACGAGUGA